AGGUCCUGAGCAGCACAGCCUGUGAGCACCCACGUUGAUCCGGCCAUGGAGGCAGGUCCCGACGCUAAGGGGGGCGACAGCUCCGCAGGCCGGGAGGAUCCCCAAGCUGCCGAGGACCAGCGCAGCACCGCGCAGCCAUCGCUCCCGCAGCUCCCACGCCGCCCGCAGCUGCUGGAAGAAGACGCGGGGCCAGAGGAGGAUCGGACCGAGGCCGCAGAAGGCAGCGAGCCGGCCCUGGGGGACCCAGAACCCGCGUCUGUGUCCGGCGAGGCGGGUCCCGGGCCUAAGGCCACUGGCAGUACUGGGCCGCCCAUCGGCUUCGUGGGCGAGCCUCCACCCUACGCGCCGCCGGACCCCAAGGCAGUGGCGCUACUCUACCCGCCCUUUCCGCAGGUGCCGGUGCUGUUCCAGCCGGCGCCGGGGCCCGCUGCCCUCUACCCGCCACCCACCGGCCCGCUCUUCCCACCCCCUGGUGGAGCCUCCUUCCCGUUCCCCACGUAUGGCAGCCCCGUGGCUGGCGGGCCUGCUCCCGUGCAAGUGGAGCACAGGCCUCUGCCCAAGGACUUCAUGAUGGAGUCGGUGCUGGUGACCCUGUUCUGUUGCCUGCUCACGGGGAUGAUUGCCAUUGUCUACUCCCAUGAGACUCGAGCAGCCCUGGGCCGGGGUGACCUGGCCCAGGCAGAGGAAGCCUCAAGGAAGGCCCGCUCACUUGUGCUCUUCAGCCUACUCUUCGGGGUCUUCGUGUCUACCAGCUGGGUCAUCUAUGUGGUGGUGGCCCUCUACCUUCCCUGAAUCCCAGAACUUGCAGGCUAGGCUGUGCCCUUUCUGUGGACCCUGGUCCCCAUUGGAGUAGCCAGCUGUUGCUCACACAGGGCAAAGGGGAGGUGGGUUCAAAAGCCCUGUCCAUGAGGCCUUGGGUAGGAUCCUGAGGGACACAGGCCCACGCAGCCUGGAAGUCUUCCUGGGAUGUCAGCCUUCACCGUUACUCUUGGAGAACGCAGAAAACUGAAGACCUCACUGUCUUCAGAGUCUGUGGAAGGACAUGGCUACCUCCAGCCCUGCUCAGGAUCUGGCUACAGUCAGUGUUCACUCUCCCUGGGAAUUCCUGCUUGGUCUUACACCCUUGCCCAUGCUGGGAGAGGCUAGGACUGUCAGUCAACAAAAAGUGGCAGAGCUGCCUGCCACUACCUUCUGUCUUCCAUCUGUGUGCAGUUGAGUCCCAGGUCUCUCGCCUGCCCUCCUCUGAGCAGUCUGAUGCCUGAGCACUUGGGCUUUGGUACAUAGGAUGCCUCAUUUCCCAAGAUCCACUUUUUUUUUUUUUUUUUUUUUUUUUACAAACAUCUCUCUCUUCUCUUUACUGCUCUAUUGGACACCUGUCUGAGACUUUUGGCUUCUGUCUCUCCCUAGCUUCCUGCUCAUUCUGUCUUUAUAGUCACGGCUGCAAACAGGUGAGCCAAGAAGUUGCAGUUGUGUUGACUGAGUGCCUGCUCAAUGGCCUGUGCCCCAUUCCCGGCAUUACGCAGACGGGGUGUGGCGGUGCAUACCUGUAUUCCCAAACCUUGAGCCGAAGGAACAGAAGUUCAAGGUCACCCUUGGCUACACUGAAGCUGAAGGCAAGUCUGGGCUAUAUGAGACUGUCUCAAAAAUAAACAAGAAGAUUAGCUGGGUCCCCAGUUAGAAAAGACUGCUGUUACUGGGGAGUGAGUGCUCUCAGGCCAGGCCACCCCAGACUGUAUGAGACACCUACAGAACAAAUCACAGCCCUUCUCAUAUGUGCUGGGGUCAAGUCCAUCUGGCUGUGAGACAGACUGCUGUCACAGGGGUCCCAUCUGUGAGAAGGACACCUGGGAGGAUUAUAAUAUAAGCAGCUGUCUCCCAUGCAGCCUGGCCUUGCCUUCAGGUCCUGCAGCCUGCAGCCACAGUCCCUGGGGCCCUAGAGAUAUCUCUAGAGCCUCGUUUAGGGACAGAGAUGGAAUAAGAGAGUCAGCAGGACACAGGGCUGCUCUGGGACUUGACCUUUAAAAUGCAUGACAGCCAUAAAGAGGAGGAGAUUUGGGGGCCUGGGAGAUGCCUCUCAUCAGGCAACUACACUGUUCUCACACAUCUUCUACAUAAAUCACUGUGAGCAGGGCAGUGAUGGCGCACACCUUUAAUCCCAGCACUCGGGGAGGCAGAGGCAAGCAGACCUCUGUGAGUUCGAGCCCAGCCUGGUCUAAAGGGCUAGUUCUAGGACAGCCAGGGCUACUCAGAGAAACCCUGUCACAAGCAAGCAAGCAAACAAACAAGUCACCCCUUUGGAGGUGUGUGAGUCACCUGGGGAAUUGCAUGGAACUGCUGUGGGGCCGGCAAUGGCAGCCUGAAGCUCUGCAUGAUUAAUGGGCUUCUUGCUACCUUUGGGCUUCAGGAUACCUUGCUUGGUGAUCACCAACACUGCCAGGAUCUCACCAUGAAAGCUGCAGUGGCUGCCACUUGAUGCUGUUGUGAAGUUGCAGCUGAUAUGAAAACAAGAAGUAGGGUCUGGAGUGUGGGAAGCAGAGAUGGAAGGCAGUGCUGUAUGCAAAGAAUAGUCACCAGCUAAAGUGGGGACCGGCUCUGCACUGUGUACGAAUAUUCAUCAGAUAAAAGGGCGAUGGUUCAUUAGGUAAAGGCAUUUGCCACCAAGUCUGAUGACCCUCCAGAACCUGCAUGGUGGAAGGAGAAAACCAACUCCUCAGAGUUGUCCCCUGAGCACCACAGGGACACCAAGGUGUGUGCAUGCCUGUCCAUCCAUAUACACACAUGCAAAAUAAAUUUUAAAAAAUGUUAAAGGAAAAGAAAACCAGAAGAGAUGAUUCUGCAGCUAGGAUACCAUCAAACAAACACAAACAAAUGAAUGGAUAAAUACAAAAAUCAGAGGGCAACUUAGUAAAGUAACUGGAUGCAAAAUACAUGUACAAAAAUUAUCUGUAACCACUUUUUUAAGUUGAAAAUGAAAACUACUGAUCAUCGAGCUGAACAGGCUUGCAUGGUCCAAUGGGAUGUGCUCUAAGGAGCUGAGCAAGCUUGCAUGGUCCAAUGGGAUAUGCUCUAAGCACUGCUGCAGGGUUCCAUGAGGGGAACUCAGGCAAUCUUUGAGACAUGUUAGGAAAGAUUAAUGUUGCAUUUGUGCCCCAGAGUAGACCCUGUAGUACAUCCCUCCACACCCCAAUCACACCCAGAGACAGCUUGACCCUCAGGAGUUCUGCCGUGACCAGUCUCACAGGAAUGCAGGAACAAAGAGUGGAGCAGAGACUGAAGAAAGGCCAUCCAGAGACUGCCCCACCUAGGGACCAUCCUAUUUGCAGACACUAAACCCAGACACUAUUGUUGAUGCCAAGAAGUGCUUGCUGACAGGACCCCUGUAUAGCUGUCCCCUGAGAGGCUCUGCCAGAGCUUGACCAAUACAGAUGUGGAUGCUCGAAGCCAGCCAUUGGACUGAGCUCAGGGACCCCAAUAGAAGAGUUAGAGAAAGGACUGAAGGAUCUGAAGGGGAUUGUAACCCCAUAGGAAGAACAACAAUAUCAACUAAACAGACCCUCAAGAGCUCCCAGGGACUAAACCAUUAACCAAAGAGUAUACAUGGUGGGACCCAUGGCUCCAGAUGCAUAUGUAGUAGAGGACUGCCUUACUUGGUAUCAAUGGGAAGGGAGGCCCUUGGUCCUGUGGAGGAUCAAUGCUCCAGAGUAGGGGGAUGCUAGGUCAGUGAGGCAGGAGUGGGUGGGUAGGGGAGCACCCAUAGAGGAAGGGGGAAUGAGGGAUGGGAUAGGGGGUUUGCGGAGGGGAAGCUGGGAAGGGGGACAUUUGAAAUGUAAAAAAAAAAGAUCUGUCUGGCUAUAGAGAUGGCUUAGUGGUUAAGGACACCUGCAAUACAUGUACACAGAAAUACAGGCAAGUACAAUGCCCACACACAAGAAUAUCUAUAAAGAUACAGAUAGCUAUAGAUCUAUCUAUCUUAUCUUUUUGUUUGUUUAGUUUUUUUGAGACAGGGUUUCUGAGCAUAGCUCCAGCUGUCCUCAAACUCAUUAGGUAGACCAGGGUUGACUUAAACUCAGAGAUCUGCCUGCCUCAGCUACCCAAGUGCUGAGAUUAGAAGCAUGGGCAAAAAUAAAUCUUAAAUAAGCCAAAAGUGGAGAACUGACGAUGACAUCUGAUGUUAGCAUCUGGCGUCCACAUGCACACACACAGACCUAUGUGCAUGCACCCACAAAUAACAUGUGCUUGCACUCAGACCCAUGCGCGCGCGUGCGCGCGCGCACACACACACACACACACACACUCUACUGCAAUUUUAACAGUAAAUGCCUUACACCAGUGAUUAGCUGAGUUCAGAUGACUACUCUGGGAGUCUCAGUGUGUAGCUGAGGCUCAGUGUACAUCUGACAACUGACAUCUUUAUAAUACUAGGUCAUAAAAUGAGACACUUUAUGAAUAUGAUUGUUUGCAAGUGCUGUAGCACUCACUGGGGAUCGAACCUACGACCACACACAUGCUAGGUAAGCACCUUGCCACUGAGCUACACGCUCAGCCCUUCCAUCUGGGUCUUUUACAGCAUCUGAGUGCUUGAUGGUUUCCUGUGUGGAUCUAGCAGACUCAUCAGCUUCCGUGUUUCUUCGAUGCUAUUAGAACUAAAGCCCUGUUUUCUCUCCAUUUUAAGCCCAUGUAGUUUGACACAUCUGCUGAAGUUCCUGCUUGCAUGAUGCUGUAAAUCCCUAUAUUUUGCUGUUUUCCUUUUUAGUGUUUAAUUGUGUUUUUCGUGUUUUGUUGCACUGGCUAGAACUGCACACAUUGCCUUUUGAUCCCAGAAUGAUGGAAGUGUGGAUGCUGAACUGCCUUUCAAUUCUUCACUUCUGUAAAAAAAUUAAUCAAGUGCUGUAGUCCUAGUUUCUUAAGCACUCCAAAAAAUAACACAGAUGUCAGAUUUUGAAGUGGUUUUCGUGUAUCAACUCAUAAGUUGUAAAAUGAAUUCUAUUGCUAUGGUAACUA